UCCCUCCUCGAACUCCUACCCGGAUGGGUCCUCGCCGUGCCUAAGAAGAAAAUAUCGCAUUCGCGGAAAGCUAUGCGAUCUGCGAACAAAGGCUUGAAGGAUAAGCAAAAUCUGGUGAACUGUCCAGCCUGCGGCUCCGCGAAACUCGCACAUCAUCUCUGUCCGAACUGUUAUUCAGGGCUGAACAGGGGAUGGAAAGCAGAUGCGCGG